AUGACUGUGCCCCAGUGCCUCAAAGCAAGGUCUAUAAACAGGAGUUUGGUUUUAUUCUAUAGCCAAAAACUGGGUGAAAACUCCCAAGAACAAGUAUGGAUUUACAGCUCCUCUCCGGAGCGGUUACAGCCCGUCCUGGGUUUCUUUGUUUCAGAUGUUCCUUCGUAUGUUCCAGCCAUCCCAAAUAAGGACAUUAUAGGAAAUGUAACAUCUACAACAUUUCUGUUGAGUCAACCCCAAUGUAUUUUUGACCAGUAUAGUACAAAUGAAGUCUGGUUGGUUGUUGCCCUGUGGAAUGUGACAGCUUAUUUAAAUGAUAAAAAUCUAAGUGUACCAGUCAAUCACUCUGAAUUCUCAUCUAAGACAUUCUACCACACUCUACGGGUUUUCGGAAGUGAAUUCCCCUGCAACAAUACAAAUACCAGUACAUUGGCUAUACUUCGAGUUGGCUCUGAGAAAGACUGCAAUGGAACGUCAUUCUGCAACGCUCCUUUACCACCUUCCGGAUCAUACCAGGUAAAAUUUGUUGUGCUGAACAGCAGUGGCCUAGUCACAGCAACAAAUUGGUCCAAUACAAUUUCACUUAAAAAAGUGGAUAACUACUCAACUAUUGACACCUCGCCUGGGAGGCGCAGUGGGGGUAUGAUCGUCAUCACCACCAUACUCUCAGUUCUUCUGGGUAUUUUGUUGGCAUGUUCAGUUGCUUCUAUGGUCAUUGGAAGUAAGAACAUUAUGUGGCGUGAAACACUUGACACAGAAAAAGUAAUCUUAGAAGGACCAAGAAAAAAUCAAGAAAGCUUUCGUAAAAUCAGUGAAAAUACGUAUGUUCCACAAAUGCGCAUAUAAUAAAUUAUAAUAAUAGUUAUCAUAUGCACAUAGAGUACUAGCAGUGUCAGAAUAAUGCUUUUGUAAACACAUUACAUAAUUAAAUUAUAAAACCAAGAAAACUAUGCCCUCUAUUGUACAUAAUCAGAUUUUAAAUAAUGAUUAUGUAGUCUUGCUAUAUAUGAUUACAAAUUGGACUUUAAUAAGCCUUUCUUUUGCUGUUCAUUUGCUUUUUUAUUUUUUCACUAUAAAUAAAUAAAGGAAACAUUACCAUACUUAAAAA